CUGCGAGUUAGAGUCAGUUUGCAGAGAACUUCUCAUAAUGUUUGGUAUUCCGGAUGGAAUGUCCACAUCACCGGGAACACGACAUUUCCGAGGAUUUUAAAAAAGGACAAAGAACGACCUCCUUGUGCAGGUAUGAAACAAGACACCUUGAUGCCACGACUCAAAUACCACACAAUCAAGAGAGAGAAGAAUGAAAGAGAAAUAUCAACUCUAAGAGCCAUUAAACAAGCUAAAAGCUUUUGUACUACUGCUUGCAACAGAGCAACAACAUUUAAGUGAGGUGGUGGGAGAAGAGACGUAAAAAUCAAGGAUUUGACUGCCACCACCAUUCAAACUGAGAAGCAGGCGUUACAACCCAGUGUAAAGGAGGAGCUAACAUUUCUGCAUCUUGAGGCGAAGCCGCUCAACCGAGUUUCCAUGACGGCCCCGAGCCUGCUGACAGAGGUGGAGGUGCUGAGGAGGAGGGUGGUAGAAAUGGAGGGGAAAGACGAAGAGCUGAUACGGAUGGCGGACCAGUGUCGAGACCUCGACCACAGACUAGCAAACGAGAUCAGGCACUGCCGUGGUUUAAAGUUUGAGGUAGAUAAGCUCCACGGCCGAAUCUGUGAAAUGGAGAGAAUGGAGGAGGCUUUGGGCAAAAGCAAACAGGAGUGUAGUAUUUUGAAGAACAGCUUGGGGAAAGAGAGAGAGUUCAGCAACAUGAUGUCUGGGGAGCUUAAUGCUCUUAGAAUAAGGGUGAGAGAGCUAGAGGCUGUUGAGGGUCGACUAGAAAAGAGUGAAAUAAUUGUCAGACAAGACCUGGGCAAGCUCCGAGCACUGACUGCAGCUCUGGUGGAGGACAGGAAGAGUAUGGCAGAGAAGCUCCGACAGGCAGAGGAAAAAAUCAGUAAGAAAGAGAGCAAGAAAAAUGAGCAUGGUAAUUUGGCAAUGAUGGCAGAGAGGCUGAGAGAGGAAAGGCAGCUGGCACUAAGAUCUAAGGAAGAUUUAGAAGAGAAGAUUAAGGACAUAAUAAUGCAAAAGGAUGAGCUCCGAGACAGACUAAAAACCGAGGAGGAGAGGAACAGGGAUCUACAGAGUAAAAUAACCACAAUGAAGAAAAAGUUAAACCUGUUUGAGAACAGGAAAGAAAAAGAAGAGAAGUACACAAGCAACACUGCCAAUUUGUGUCAAACGGAGGACAACAAAGUUAAAGAGCUGACUAAGGAGGUUGAUGAGCUGCAGAAGAGACUCCAGAAUAAGGAGGUCCUGAAGGCAGAACUGCUGAAAGUGGAGGAAGAUUUUAGAGCCCUGGAGAGAAGGCUGAACGAUGAAAGGAGGAGGUCACAAGCUUUAACAGAAGAGCUAGAGGAGGCAAAGAAGGAGCUUUCCAGCUACAAGCAUGGGGAAAAGGAGGAGAUCAACCAGGAGCAUCUACUUCUUUGCCAUCUUCAGAAAGAACAGGUGAAAUCCAGACUCCUAACCAGAGAAGUAGAUACCCUAAAGGAGAAACUCCAGAAGCUGGUGGGGACAGAGGAGUCAAUCUGCAAGGUCCAGAUGAAUCAGUCAACACUGCAGAAAAAACUGACCCAGCAGGAAGCCAAGAACAAAGAGAUGGCCCAGCAGGUGGACAAGCUGACGAGUGAGCUCAACAGUUAUAGACAAAUCAAGAACUGGACAUCUGCUGCCAACAAACACUUCUCAAACCUUCAUCAGACCACCAACGAAGUGCAGACUGAACCUGAAGAACACCUUGUUUCAGACCACAACAUGCAGAGUAGGAGAUUAAAUAAAGUAAACACAGACAAGCAUCUAAACCACAACACUGAUGUCACAAACAGAGAAAGCACUUUUGUCAGCAGCAUUGACAGCUUCAACACUGCAAAUGACUCCAUGAACAACCAUUCAGAAGUGGAUAUGCAAACAGUUAAUGGAGAGGUGAUGAUGCUGACACACACACCAGGGCAGCCCUUGCAGAUUAAAGUUACACCACAUCAUAUGAUCAGCACAGCCACGCUCGAGAUUACCAGCCCUUCUGGAGACACCAGCACUACCGCCACCCCAAUGAGUGGGACUUCCUCAAAGCAGAGAAUUACCAUUAUUCAGAGCUCAAGUUCACCUGUGGUUAAUUCCAAGAGUCCUUCUUCAAGUUCUGACCGUACUCUCUCCCCAGUCAAUGGAACGUCCAUCUCGCGGGUGUUGAGUCCAAAAUCAUCCCGCUCUGUUACACCCGACAACAACAAUUCACCCAUUCAGAUUGUCACAGUCAGGACAUGUUCUCCAGAGCCAACAGAAGCUGCAAAUCCGGCCAUCUUCUGCAAGACUCCCGAGAGGCCACACAGCUGGCAGCAUCAAAGGUCUAACAGCAAUGACACAAGUCCCAGUAUCAUCACGACAGAGGACAGUAAGAUCCACAUCCAUCUGGGAAGCCCAUAUAUCCAUCCUCUGAAUGGUAUGACCCAAAGCAUCCCACCGCCUGUUGGGCCGUACUACCUUCGGCAUGAGCAAAGGACUCAAGUAAUCGCCAACGGAUGUCACGUGAAAGGUGUUGGCAAGAUCACAAGCAGCAUCACCAUCUCCCCUGCUAAUGCUCAUGCAUCACACUCAAACAUCACCGUUAGUGGUCUUUGUGAUUAGGAGCAAAGAAAUAAUUUUAUGCUUUUUUUCUCAUAUAACCAUUAUAGUCUCUCAGAAGUGCCUUUGGUAAGUCAAUUUAAUAGUAUUUAGAACCUUUAAAAGUAUUUUAAUUGUAACUUGCACACCUGUCAGUAACCACAUAUGCAAUGCAAUUAUUGUAACUCCAUGUUCCAUUGCAAAUUAUUUUCUUAAAAAUGAAAUGUUUUUUUCCUAUUGGAUUAAUUUUGUGAGUAUUUUCAGAGAUAUUUGGAUAACUUUUGAGUUUAAUACAGAACAGUCAUUCAAGUUAGUAUGGAACAAAUAAAAAAGCAAAUGAAAGUCUCUUUAUUAAAUUUACAAGAGCAGAAGAAAUGUCUGAUGCUGCCAAAUGAAAUAAAUUAAUCAAUCUAGUUUCUCUGCAUUACUGGAUUCAUUAGGUCUAGUCAUGGGUUGGUUACUGGAAUCCAGGGAAACCAGGGUUUUGAAAGUUUACAGGUUUUGAAACAACAAAUUUAUUAAAUCGUAAUCUCCCUAAAGUUUAAAGCCCAUUUAAUGAAAAAUCAGGGAAUACAUCAUGGUGACAACAGUUAUUUUUAGCUAUUUCAGGUACAGAGCCCUUCCCCCACCUGUUGCUGUGCACUGCGUGUCAACUGGCUGAAAGACACAAAACCUUUUUAUUUUUUUUAAAGACUUUACAACAAUUUUCUCUUGAAUAGGACAAAUAUAAAUAGGGCCAUACUAAAAAUAAAUCUGGUAGAAACUGCCUGAACAGUUAAUAUCAGCUUGUUAUGUACUUGUUACUCUACUAUAUGAUAGGUUCUACCAUUUAGCAGCACUAACAAAAACUGCUGCUCGUCUGUUCCAAAUAAAAGCAGUGAGAUUGUGUUGUACACUUCCGUUUCAAAUAUCUGUAAGUACUGGGAAAUUGUGAUAUUUGCACGCAAGGCUACUGUACUGUAUGAGUCUCAUAUAGGCCCAUGCCUAAUAAAGACAAAAGAAGCAAAAAGAAUUGAGACCUACAGCAUUUUGCAAUCAGACUUACAGCAUUUUGUUUCAAAGAGCACUGACAAAUGAAUAUGGGUAAGACAGGAUGACAGUCAGCGUAAAGAGUCACAGAAAGCUUAUAUCUUUAAUGAUAUCUUCCCUCUCCAUGUGGUAUUAUGGGCGUGACGUAUGGUCAUACCAGGUUCACAAGGAGAAAUCAGCUAUCCCUUAGCUGAAGUGAAACAAUAUAAAUUCCUUGCAUGAAAAACAAAAAGCUUUCAAAAGAAAAGCCGGACAAAAGUCUACCCAUGAUAUUGCUGAUCUAAGAAGCUACAAAUAUAUACAAGCAUAAUUUAGGUAGGUGAAUCUAACUGUACAUAUUCACAUGUGUUAAUAAAUUAAGAUGAAUUAUCCAAAAAUGCAAUGAAGGAUGCAUGGCAAUGAUGUUCUUUUUGCUAAUGCUUUUCCAAUACAGAUUUCCGGUUUUCUUUAAGGUCUGACCUGCCAAUUCCAAUUUUGACAGAUUUAGAUUUUUCCCCUUUCUUUCUAAGGAGUGCAACAAAUGAAAUAGUAACAUGUGUUGCAAAUUCUGUGAUAUCGGUAGUAAUAGUUUUUAAUCCAACAGAGCACAGACAAGCAUCUAAACCAAAGCUGCAUAUAAAUCAAUGCUUAUAUUCCUAACCAGUUUUGAUUAAAUUCCAAAAUGUUUUCUUGCAAUCAGAACAUGUCGAUGCGCAAAACAAAGCACGAAAUACGUGAUAGCAGGUGAUGCAUUCAACGGCUAAAAUUCUGGGUGUUCUUAGUUUUAAUUCACCAAAUGACAUGGAAAUAAAAAUUUAAAAAAUCAGAUUUUUCCUUAUAUGACCUGCCAAUCACUGAUCAGAAGUGACCAGACCUGGCACCCUUUCAACAUUAUAUAAAAAUGUAACAAAAAAGUACAAUAGAAAUGCUAAACAUAAAUCUGACAGUAAUAUUGUUUACCUAGAAAGCUGCGUGUAUAUUUACUGGCAUAAUUUAUGGAAUUACAUGGAAUCGAAUGUAUUAAAAUAUUUAAAAGGUCAAUCAUAAAUAAGGAAAUAUGGCAAAGAUAUUCCUGUUCUAAAUGGCUGUUUGAGAAUAUAUAGUGUUGUGUUUAUAUUUAUAUCUGAAUGAUAAUAAAUAUACAGACACUUCUUAAUAUUACAUUUACAACAUACCUUGACUAACUCAGCGUGAGAUUGCCUGUUUUUUGUGUAUUAAUGCCAUUUUGCAGCAAUUGUGUUAUUUUUGGCGUUUUGUAUGUGUGACAUCAAAUAUACUUUAUGCAUUAAACCACCCUGAAUAUAAAAA